AUGGUGAUACCACAUGUGAUCCCAGCAUUGCUGGGCACAGUAGCCGUCCUUGCGACUACGGCCAUCUUUGUUAUUCACAUUAUCCUGGCUCGGUCGUUAGCACAGGAGACUUCUUCGCCGGUCAAGACGACGACUAUCGUUGCCGCGGUAUUUGAGGGCUUGGCGCUUUUCACGACAACUUUCCUCCUUGUCUCGAGUUGCGUGGCUUCACGCUUGGUUAGGAGGUUCAAUGGAGUAUUGUUCGGGGUUGGACUUUUUGUGUGCUCGGUAGCUGCUGCACUAUCGAUUGCCACUUUGGUAUUUCUCAGCAAGGAUUCGGCGAAGCUACCGAAGGAGGUAGCGGGGACGAAGACGUCGGGAUUUUUGAUCGGAGGCUCGGUGGCAUUGGGAGUUGCAUUUGCGACGCAAUUGCUCUUCCAGGUUCUGCACUUCAUCGGUGCUCGGAUGGGCGGCAUGGGUUACGCAGGAGACGAGGAGAGCUCGCCAAGACAACAAAUCAAGGCGAUCCCCUAUCAGCAAACGAACCCCAACACAGAGAAGGUCCGCUUUGAAGACCCGACCGUGUCGACGCGGGCAACUCCCCGUCCAAGCUAUGCACACUCGGUGGGCAACUCCCUGAGCUCGUGGCGCUCGUCGCUGUACUCGGUUAUGCGCCCCGUCCCCUCAACGACCCAUCUCCUAGCGAGUAACAGCCAGUAUUCGCUGCCUGUGCGCAUGCGCCAAUCCGACUCGGUCGACUCAGCCGCCAUGCGUGAGCACCACACCGCCUCCGUUGCCGCGACUCUCGAGAACGGCUUCGACUCCUGGGAUACCUCCUCCGUCGACCCUCAAAACCGACAAGCUGUCGCCGAGGCUGCCUCCACCUGCUCUCCGCCAAUGCCACCUGCUCCCUUCCUAGAAACCAUCCCCGCCAGCCCCAUGGCCAGCAGGCAACCCAGUCCCGGGCUACCUCCUACUGACAGCCAAGUGGACCUUGGCAACAACCUGCUCAUCCCGCCCAAGUCCAUCCGUCGCCGCAGUCGCUCCUUCAGUCCCGCCUCUAUGCGGUCAAUGGAGCUCGCCCGGGAAGCGUUCACCCAGCACGCCGCUAUGUCCGAAACGCACAUCAGCGAAUCGCACAUCCACCCUCUGUUCCGAUCUGACUCGCCCACACCGCCAGCCAUCGUUUCGCCAGGGACGGUGGUGGUCGCGGCGCCCAACGGCGGGCAGGUCCUCUCGGAUAAGCAUAGCAUCCGAACCCUGGCGAGGAAGCGAAGCGGGAGUAUCCCGGCUGUAUCAAGCCCGUUGAGCAGACAAGGGUCGCUAGAGAGUUUUAGGACGAAAGUAACAAGGCAUGAGGGCGGGAGCAGGCCGGGGACAAGAGCGGAGGAGUUGAGGGAGGAGGAUGAGGAGGCUCCUGCUGUGAGCAGCCCAUCGCCCUCACCAAGACCGUCGCUGGCUCACGAUGAUCCGGUGGAUCGAGAAAUGACGCCGCCUAUUCCGGGCUGGAUCCUAGAUGCUGGAGCGAGGACGAGCUUCUUGGGGUAUAAUCAGCGGAAAAACCAGGCGCCUACGUCUGCGCCGGCUGAGGAGGAGGAGGGUGUUGCUGGUGCCUCCGUUCAAUGA